AUGCAGGCUUUCGAAAACACGUCCACCAAUGUGGCCGCCAGCCAGAUGCGCAAUGCCCUCAACAACAUCGCCGACACGGUGAAGGACCCUGCGGAGAAGAAGAGAUUUGAGGCAGAAAUGGACAACUUCUUUGCUCUGUUCCGAAGAUACCUCAACGACCGGGCGAAGGGCAACACCAUCGACUGGGCCAAAAUCAACCCUCCCAACCCCGAUCAAGUCGUCGCCUACGACGAUCUCCCCAACACUGAUGCGGUUGAGUUCUUGAACAAACUCGCUGUCGUCAAGCUCAAUGGCGGUCUGGGUACUUCCAUGGGCUGUGUUGGUCCCAAAUCGGUCAUUGAAGUCAGAGACGGCAUGUCGUUCCUCGAUCUCUCUGUUCGACAGAUUGAAUACCUCAACCGCACCUAUGAUGUCAAUGUGCCGUUUGUUCUGAUGAACAGCUUCAACACCGACGAGGACACGGCAUCCAUCAUCAAGAAAUACGAAGGCCACAACAUCGACAUUCUCACCUUCAACCAAUCCAGGUAUCCUCGUGUCAUCAAGGACUCUCUCCUCCCUGCGCCGAAAUCAUACGACUCCCAAUUGUCUGAUUGGUACCCACCUGGCCACGGUGACGUCUUCGAAUCACUCUACAACAGUGGCCUCCUCGACCAACUACUAGAACGUGGCAUUGAGAUCAUCUUCUUGUCCAACGCUGACAACCUCGGUGCCGUCGUGGACCUCCGCAUCCUGCAACAUAUGGUCGAGAGCAGGGCUGAAUAUAUCAUGGAGUUGACAGACAAGACCAAAGCUGAUGUCAAGGGUGGUACCAUCAUUGACUACGAAGGUCGUGCGCGGUUGCUGGAAAUUGCUCAGGUUCCCAAGCAGUACGUCAACGAAUUCAAGUCGAUCAAGAAGUUCAAGUACUUCAACACCAACAACAUCUGGAUGAACCUGCGAGCUAUCAAACGUGUGGUCGAGAACAACGAAUUGGAGAUGGAGAUCAUCCCCAACGAGAAGUCGAUCCCUGCGGACAAAAAGGGUGAAGCGGACAUCAGCAUCAUCCAACUUGAAACCGCCGUCGGCGCUGCUAUCAAGCACUUCAAGAACUCUCACGGUGUCAACGUCCCCCGACGACGAUUCUUGCCGGUCAAGACGUGCUCCGACCUGAUGCUUGUCAAGUCAAACCUGUACACUUUGAGCCACGGCCAAUUGGUCAUCGACCCGAACCGAUUCGGCCCCGCCCCCCUGAUCAAGCUGGGCAGUGAUUUCAAGAAGGUGGCCCAAUUCCAGAAGAGAAUCAGCAGCAUCCCCAACAUUGUCGAGCUGGAUCACUUGACUGUCACUGGUGAUGUCAACUUUGGCCGCGGCAUCGUCCUCAAAGGUACUGUCAUAAUUGUUGCAACCGAGAAUAGUACCAUUGAUAUCCCACCUGGGUCGGUCUUGGAGAACGUCGUGGUUCAGGGAUCACUGAGACUGCUCGAGCACUAG